AGAAACAAGUUGAAUCCCUCCAGUAAAGGUUCACAGCAGUCAGAAGGUAACUACUAUACAGUAUAGUCCUCCUGAAUGUCUCUCUGUUGUCUGAACAUGAAGACCUCUAUGAUUGUUCUCAUCCUCUGCUGUCAGGUGUAUGCAGAAGACAAAGUUCUGCAUAUUGAUAUAUCUAUUAAUGGAUGCAGUGAUUCAGAUGGAGUGGGUAUGUAUGGACUGGAUGGUGAAGAGUUGUGGUACGCAGACUUCAACAAAAAGGAGGGAGUGAUGCCGCUGCCUCCGUUUGCAGAUCAGAUGACCUUCCCUGGAUUUUAUGAACAGGCUGUAGGUAAUCAGGGGGUAUGCAAAGCAAACCUGGCCACAUCUAUAAAAGCUUACAAGAACCCACCAGAGACAAUAGACCCUCCUCACAGCAGCAUCUACCCCAGGGAUGAUGUGAAACUGGGGGUGGAGAACACCCUCAUCUGCCACGUCAGUGGGUUCUUCCCUCCACCUGUCAGAGUCAGGUGGACCAGGAACAAUCAGAAUGUAACUGAGGGAGGGCGUAUCAGCACCCCCUACCCCAACACUGAUGUCACCUUCAACCAGUUCUCCAGUCUGAGCUUCACCCCAGAGGAGGGAGACAUCUAUGGCUGUACUGUGGAGCACAAGGGCCUUACUGAGCCCCUGACACGGAUCUGGGAACCUGAGGUGAGCCAGCCCAGUGUGGGCCCUGCUGUGUUCUGUGGUGUGGGUCUGACUCUGGGGCUAAUGGGAGUUGCUACCGGAACAUUCUUCCUCAUCAAAGGGAACCAGUGCAACUGAGACUACAGCUGUCAGAGCGUCACAGUUAAAUCUGUAUAAAUAUAGAGUAGAGAGAGUAGUACUUUAUUGAUCGCAACUUGGGAAAUAGUUUUGGAACUCAGCAUCAUCAAAAAAUUGCAACGACAAGACCAAUGACAAACACAUGUUAAAGACACAAAUAAGACAGAAGAAGGCCCCUGCACCUUACAGCUGUAGCCAUUAAAGAUAGAGAGCCGUUUGAGAAAGGUAAGACAUGCUGUUGUCUAUCCUGCUCUGGGAAAACAAACAACAUUACUAUUCAGAAGGCAUCAUAAAUCUAUUAAACAUUCCACUUAUUGAAAGCCUCAUUCCUCCUGAACCUCUCAGUGGGCAUAAUGAACCUACUACCGAAGCUGCUCUGUGUUGCAUUACAGUGCUGUGGAGUGGGUGGGUGACAUGUUUGAUGAUUGUGUGACCCUUGGCCUGCAUCCUUUUUAUGAGCUUGCUUUCUGUAUGAUUUUGUCAAGUUUGUUUAGGUCAUCCUUUGCUACGUUUCUUUUCCGUCACACAUUGGUAUAAGUAAACACACUAGCCACUAACUACACAGCUGUAGAACAUGCGAAGAGGACUUUGCUAUCAUUUAAAGUAUCUUUGUACUGUUAAAACGGAUUAUAUAGACUGUAGAUGACAGAGCCUUUUAAGCCUCCUUAGGAAUGAGAGGUGAAACUGCAGAUAAUUUGAAGGGGAGAUGUAUGUACAUGGAAUAUUAAACUAGUCCCUGCUGCUCAGAAGAUUGACUGGGCAAGGGAUUAGCACCGCCAAAUUGAUGUACAUCUGGGAUAUGGGUUUGCCCCCGGUUUGAGUUCUAGUUGGUGUUUGUGUUUCAUUUUUCCCUUUGUAACCUUUUACAUGUUUAUUAAAGCUUAUUAGCCCUGAAA